AUGAAGAUGCUCCUAAGGAGCAUUGUCUAUCUGACAAUUAUAUUAAUCAAUUUUUCGUCGGGAAAUAUUGAGAAACAUUUGCUAUCAAGAUUAUCAUUCACUCUCAAUGGACACAGCCUCGAGUGGCCUUGCCAGAGCACAAAGAACAUCUACGAGACUAGUGGCCGUUACACAGCUAGAAAUGUAAUAGCAACAAGGAUGCAAAUUUACAAGGACGAUGCGAUUCUAGCUCUACCACGUUAUAAACCUGGUGUACCAUUUACUUUGGGUGUUGUAUCAUUAAGAAGUAAUACUUGUAAACCAAUGAUUCUGCCGUUCCCUUGUUGGGCAAUACAAGAAGAAGGUAAUUGUGAAGCUCUACAAAGUGCCAUUGAUAUUGUACUCGAUAUUCAAGAUAUUCUUUGGGUCCUUGAUACUGGUAUCGCUAACACAAUGACUCAACCUGUUAGAAGAUGUCCUGCUAAAGUUGUUGGAAUUAAUAUUAAAACUGGCAAGGUAGUUCAAAUCAUCGACUUAAGCCAGUUUUUACUACCAUCAUCCCAUCUUCAAUACAUGCUAGUUGAUUAUGCAGAAGAUGGCCAAGUUUACCUAUAUAUAUCUGAUGCAACAAACAGAGCUAUCAUCAUUUAUAAUGUCACAACAAAUCAUGGAAGUAGAGUAGUUUUACCAACUACUGUAUCUGCUAAUUUGGAAAAACCUGAUGUAUUGUAUAUGGUACUUGUCAGAAGAUCUGAUGGAACACCUGUCGUAUACUUUACUUAUUUAGGAUCUAGCAGAAUUUUCGGUAUUAAAGCUGCUCAUUUGAGAAUUGGUGAUUUAAAUGGAGGAAUUGAGGAAGUUGGUAUAAAACAUCAGAAAAUUGUUUUACUUGGUACCGACAAUGGUCCGGCCAUAUUCUUCCGGAACAAAGGUGAAUCUGAUAUUUAUAUGUGGAAUACGGAAACACCGUUCAUACAAGAGAACUUCCUUUUAGUACAAAAAGAAGGUGAUUGUCGAUUAUCAACACAAGUUGUACCUGGCUACAAAAGACUCAUGUGGAAUAUUGAAAGUAACUUCCACGAUUACAUAUCGAAUACAGUUAGCUGUGCAGGUGCUACAGUCUCUAUACAUCCUCUAAUGAACUCUUGCGAAGAAUAAACACAUGUGUUGAUUGGACAAUAUAAUGAACUGCAACAGAAUAUAAGA